AGCAAGCGGUCGGGAUUGCCGCCGCCGACCACCGUCGCCGUUGCUGUCAGUGGUUAAACGUGGCACGGCGCGGCUAAUACGGGCAUCAUGGCGCAGUGGAGGCAAGAGACAAUAUUGAAGCUGAUCGGUGCGUAUCGCGCGAGAAAGCUCCUCUGGGAUCACAAUGCGCCCGAUUACACUGACCGAAGCAAGAGAAUCCACGCGUGGAAAGAAAUCGCCGAUGAGCUCGGAUGUGACGUGAUGACGGUGGAGAGGAAACUGAAGAGCCUCAAGACUCAUUUCAUGUCGGUUCACAAAGCGUACGCGAAACGUAGGCUCAAGGCUGAUCUGAAUCCUGGCAGCAUCGUAAUCAAGCCUAAAUGGUUCGCUUAUGAAGCUUUAACUUUUCUGAAUAAAGGACGUUUGAUGCGAAUUAAUCGCGAAACGUCAAAUGUGGAGAAACAGAAUUCCAUGCCUGUUUCUAAUUGGAAGCCGCAGGAGAUUUCGUCAUGUCGUGACGAAUUCACGGUUUUUGCCGAGCACGUCGCCAUUCGGCUGAAAAAUAUAACAGACGUGCGUGCAAGACUUGUCGCGCAGCAUCAAAUAAACAACAUCCUGUUCGAGGCCGAAAUGGGAAAGUACAACAUACACUCCUCCUUUAAUAUGGUUAAUUCAGAGAUUACGGAGAACUUGGAUGAGCCCUCGACAUCGAAUGAAGAAAAAGUGAUGAUAAAUGUCUAAAUGAUUCAAUCAGAUCUUCCUCUGUGUGAAUGUAUCUAAUUAUUAGAUUAUUAUCCUUAACAUUUUCAAUCAAAAAUCAUCACAACGUGUUCAGAUUUUGUAUAUCGUCUACGAUUUUAGGGCGUGUUUAUUACAACGAUAAUAAUUUCUCUAAUUUCGUUAUUCGUCGCGAAUAAUGGCGAACGAUAUAAACGAUUGAUCUCGAAGAAAAGAUUCUAAAGACAGUGAACAAAAACGUUUGGCAUAUUGCUGAAUCCGCUACACAUGCUGGAUUCUAUUUAUGUGUAUCGUUAUAUCACGUCUUUCCUCGUUAUAAGCCGCGAAAGUCGAGUCAAAAGCUAGCUGCUGACAAGCGUAGCCAAUAUGCUGGCAACAUGAAACGAGCGUCAGAAAUGUGCAGGGGCACGUGUUUUCAGGCGUUUCAUUGUUACUCUCGUUUGCGAAUAUAAAUUGAAGCAGUAAAGAUAACAAAACAGAGUAUAUAUGUUGAUAUAAAUUAAGUUAG